AACAAUGCUCGACCAUUAGCACAAUCGUGCCGCCAUCUUGCAAGCGGGGUUAUCGCUUCUGGUCAACCUCGCGAUCCCUGCAUCCCGACGUCGGGCACGGUGUUUUGCAAGUUUCCGAACGGCGGUCUUGGAUUCUGGUCCUGUGUCUCUUCCGGACAGACUCCAGGUUCUCCCGGAGCUCCUCUGCCGAGUCUGUCCUUGGCGACGCGCAUCGUCGCCCGCGGGCGAGGAGAUCAGCGACGCCAAGUUGGCGGCACUGUGAUAUUCGCCGAGCGAUCGUGCUGCUUGUCAACUCGAGUCUAUUCUGUCGAUUGGAUUGGAGCUGAUUAGCGAGGGGCUAACGCUUGAUUUUUCGCCACGGUUUAGACUCGAAGAGGAGGAAGCCGAGUACUCCGUGACUCUGAGCGAUCCGUCCCGGAGACGAGCCGAGCGUCAUGGACGACUUACAGAACUACAAGCUGCAGCUCCAGCAGGUGGAAGCGGCUCUUACGACAGAUCCGAAUAACGAGGAGCUGAUAAAGCUGAAGUUCGAUCUGAAGGAAGUAAUAAAGCUGACACAUGAUUUAAUUAAGUCACAACAGCAGGAAAAAAGACAAGCCAAUGGCAUGGACGCUAAAGAUCCUAUUUUGCUUGCAGUUCUGGUCAAUAAGUGGAAAGUCGGCGAUCAGUGUAUGGCACCUUGGAGCGAGGACGGCAAGUAUUACGAAGCAACUAUAGACACGAUAGGCGAGGAUGGAGUAGUAAAUGUAACGUUCCAUGAAUACAAAAACACCGACGUCACUAUGCUCAGUCAGCUGAAGUCCGUUGCUAAGAGGCCGGCGUCGGAUUGGGCGGAUCAGAAAUCAAAGAAAAGAAAAAUGCAAGCAGCCACAGUCGCAGGUUCGGAUCCAAACAAGCAAAGGGAGUAUCUUAAGAAGAAGAAGCAAAGGAAAUUGCAGCGAUUCAAAGAGCUGGAGGAGGAGCGCGAGCUGGAGAAGAACAAGUGGCUAGCAUUUACCAACAAGUCGUCAAAGAAAGGAGUCAUAAAGAAGAGCAUCUUCGCGACGCCGGAGAACGUGAAUGGCCGCGUGGGGAUCGGCACCUGCGGCGUCAGCGGUCGGGAGAUGACCAAGUUCAGUAACGGCGAGAAAUGGAGGCGGGGAGCUUAAAUAACUUAUAUGUAAAUAAAUAGAUAAUACUAUAACUUGGUGGAAGAGGUAGCGAGUUAUCGUGAAAUUAUUGUUAUAUUAUAUCAAAGACUGGUCCACGAGUUCUGCGGCACGUGGGUGGAACGAACGUAUAAGUACGAGAACACAUGUCAUGUGGGAUUACAGACAGCUUCGAAAAGUGGAGUGGCAGAUAAAAUACCUUCUCCUAACAACGCUAAUCGUACCGAGGCGAUUUCGAAUUUUUUACCGUAACACGAUUCAAGAGGUAACCGCAGCGAAUAAAUGUGUUUUUAGGUUAAUAUUUCCGCGUGAGCAUAACUUGUUUACAAUCUCAUUGAUACGAAUAAAUGUAUAUUUUAACGUGCA